CUCUCGUAUAACCCGGAAGGACGCCAGGAACCUCGAAAACAUCCUAUAAACGAUACUACCGAAAAUCAUUCGCUAGCAUUACCAAUCUCUGCAUUACCAAAAACAAAAAAAUCGAAUAAAAAGCUCUCCGACGAAAAGGCGAUUCAAUCAAUCAAACGCCCCAGUCGCCCUCUCGGGUCUAAAAAUAGGCCAAGAGUAAGGAGCGCUCCAGAAAUAAGAGAGACGAUUGCCUCUCGUCUCAGAAGAAGAGAAUUAGGUAAAACGCGAGUCCCACCAAAAAUAAAUUAUCGCGAAACCGGCAGACUGGUUAUAAACUCAGAAGAUCCCGAGUCACAAGAAACUGCAAAUGAAGAACAGGGGGACGACGAAGUCUUCUUACCAGUCUCCAUCUCAGGACCAUCCACGAAUAAUUCAACUCCAGACGUUGGACAAGAGGGGGACGAUAAAGCGGAGAAAGAUGAUGAAACCGACAAGGACAACGAAACGACCGUUCCACAAAAACAACGGCGAAAACCUCGCGAACUAGUAAAGAUGUUCGAUGAACUCCUCCAAAGGCGGCCUCCAUCGAAAAAUACCUACACAGAGAGGGCUCUAGAAAGAAUCCGCAGAGAAGAAGCAAUAUCUAAUUAUACUCCCCACGAGUACGCCGAGAUAAAACGAACUAGUUCCGACACCGCGAAAAAUAUUCGCCAAUCAUUAAACAAACUUCCACCUCUCUGGCGAAGUAAAGAAGACUCGUUAAAUGAAGACACCGCACCAGAAAUUAAUGUCGACAAAUUUCUGAGAGACAACUCGAUCGCGAUUCACAGGAUAUUUAGGCGACGGUCCAGAACCCCGAACUCCAAUAUUUGGAAGAUUAGCGGCCAUGGGUAUUUGGGUAUACGUUACGACCAUGUGGGCGGCCAAAUCGUAGACGAAAACGGUAAGGGAGUAAAUGAAACGGCCGAAACCGAAUCGGCCGACCCAAACAACACCCUUAUUGAAUCGGAAGGGGGACGAUCGAGCGAAAAAUCGCCAAAUAUAACGGGAAUAAAACAGGGGGAUGAUGUAGGGAACCAUCGAUUCGGUCCACCCUUUGUCGCCUACGAUCCUCCAACAUUCGAAGAAGCAGAGGAUAUUUUCGCCGAAAGACAUCAUCGGCCAAAAUUAUCUUCACCCUCGAGUUCCGAUAAAAAUGUACCGCCGAAAAGUCCCGAAAUCAAAAUAAAAUUUUCAGUCAGCCGUGAUGGGCUCACUUAUGCCCGAGAUCACUUAGUGCACUUUCUAGCAGCUGAUUGCGAGAUAAUAAAACCAGUAGCAAAACUACUCCGUGAUUUAGAAUUUAUAAAUGCCGAUGCCCUCCAUGCAUCGAAACCUUCAAAGGGAGAUGUAUUCGUCACCAAGUUAGGUCGUUGCAAAAUCUUCACGGUGUUUAUUAAAACGAAACAUUUUGAAAAAUUAGAUCCAAUUGACUUAAUCGAAGGAUUAAGAAAUCUUCGACAAUCGAUGCACAAACAUGAUAUCCAUUCGCUUCGC